AUGAUUAUUCCAAAAGAUCAUCGUCUCAAAAUCUUCAACGACCUUUUCAAGGAGGGAGUCAUCGUAGCCAAGAAGGAUUUCGGUGCCAAGAAGCACUUGACCAUCGAAGGUGUAUCCAACCUCGAAGUUCUUGCUCUCAUGAGAUCAUUAAAGUCUCAAAAGCACGUCACUGAGAUCUUCAACUGGCAACACUACUAUUGGACCUUGACUGACCAAGGUAUCCAAUACCUCAGACAAUACCUCAUGCUCCCAGACUCUGUUGUCCCAUCUACCCUCAGAAAGCAAGCUGUUCGUACCCACCGUGGUGGUGACCGUGAACACCGUGGCGACAGACACGAAGAUGGCAAGAGAACCGGUGCCAGCGGUGAAUUCCGUCCAAACUUUGACGGUGAACGUCGUCCACGUAUGGGUCCAGGUGCUUACAGAAAGGAUGGUCCACCACGUCAACCACGUCAACCACAAGAAAACUCCAACUAA